UCAGCCCACCCUGUGGGAAGCUGCCAUGACCUUUAUUUCCUUGCUUCCUUCACGAUGGCGUCGGCCCACGACAGAGCGGUCUUGCAGGCCAUCUUCAGCCCCAACACGCCCUUUGGAGAUGUCUCCGACCUGAACCAGGACCCUGAUGAGAGGGAUGAUGACAGGUCCUUUGACACCAACCUUCUGAGGCGAGCGAAGGACUUGGAGGAACGUGGCGUCUCGGCGGCCGAGACCGGGGACUUGCAGGAGGCUCUUCAGAUGUUCUGCCAGGCCAUUCAGGUUCUCCCUCAGCGAGCGUCGGCCUACAAUAACCGUGCACAGGCGCUACGACUGCAGGGCGACACAGAAGGAGCGCUGGAGGACCUGGAGCGAGCCAUCUCCCUGAGCGGGGGCCGAGGACGGACGGCCCGCCAGGCGCUGGUGCAGCGGGGUCUCCUGCGCAGGCUGGCGCGGCAGGAUGACGAAGCCCGGGCGGACUUCCAGAAGGCGGCGGCCCUCGGGAGCGCGUUUGCCCGGCAGCAGGAGGUGAUGCUGAAUCCUUACGCGGCGCUUUGCAACAAGAUGCUGUGCGAGGUCAUCGACAAGCUGCGCCACCCUCACGUGUCUGCAAAUGACCUUUGACCUCAUCCCGUCAAUAAACUUUGAUGUACAACAUCAUCCUAAAAACCAGCAUGGCCGUCUUCAAGAGACGAUACCAAGUUUGACCAGCAGAUGGCAGUGUAUGGCGGCAUCUUAUUUGAAUGACAUGCAUUGCUUUUGAAUGAUCAUUUAUGUAUGUAUAGUGUGUGUCCAUUCUUUAGGAAUAUAUAUAUGUAUGUAUAUUAAGAUCCAACACGAACAGUUAGCCAUGACGUGUAACAUCACCACAUAGUUUUAUUUGAAUUACUUAUUAAAAUACAAAAUG